AAUGAGCGCCUGACAGCAACUCGGAGCGCGGAAGGCAGCGGCUCCUCUAGGAACCGCAUCACUCCAAGAAGACUGCGCUGAAUGAUAUAUUUUUUGUGUGCGGGAUGCUCUGGCCCUUCUUAGCCAAGGGUAGAUUAUUGUUCGUUGUAUUGUGUCAGUGCACUGAAACACCUGCCGCGGAUGACAUCUCGAUGGGUUGUGGAGGAAGCCGGGCUGACGCGAUUAUCGAGCCGAGGUACAAUGAGAGCUGGACCAGGGAGACCGAAUCGACAUGGCUCACCAACACCGACGUGGAGAGCCCUGUUCCUGCGAUACACACUAAGGGUGUGGAGGGUGGAGGUCUGCGGGAGAAGAGGAUGGUGACCACCGGGACCCAGUGCGGAAAGCAAGCCCUGGCCUCCAGUGGUCCUGGCCACCAGAGGAGAGCCAGGCGCUCCAUCACUGAGCACACGACCAGGGACACCAAACACAGAGCGUGUAAGGAGGCCAACAGCUCCUCCGAAGAGGCGAAGCCAGUCCAUGUUGGAGGAGGAUGUGUCGGACCAGGAGGAGGUGUCGGACCAGGAGGAGGUGUCGGACCAGGAGGAGGAGUUGGACCAGGAGGCGGUGUUGGACCAGGAGGAGCCGUUGGACCAGGAGGAGGUGUCGGACCCGGAGGUGUUGGACCAGGAGGUGGUGUCGGACCAGGAGGCAGUGUUGGAGGAGGUGGUGUUGGACCAGGUGGUGUUGGACCAGGAGGAGGUGUUGGAGGCAGAGGUGUUGGACUAGGAAGUGUUGGAGGAGGAGGUGUUGGACCAGGAGGCGGUGUUGGACCAGGAGGCGGUCUCGGACCAGGAAGUGUUGGAGGAGGAGGUGUUGGACCAGGAGGCGGCGUUAGACCAGGAGGUGUUGGAGGGGGAGGUGUUGGACCAGGAGGAAAUCGAGGAGAAGGAGGUGUUGGACCAGGAGGUGUUGGACCAGGAGGUGUUGGAGGAGGAGGUGGUGGAGGAGGAGGUGUUGGAGGAGGAGGAGGAGAUAGUCCAGGAGGUGUCGCAGGAGGGGGUGUUGGAGGAGGAGGUGGUGGAGGUGUUGGACCAAGAAAGGCCACCUGUGAUGACAGAUGAAAGGAAAGGGGAAUGAAAAGAAGAUUUGGCUUUUAACCACACGUCAGAAAGAGGGCGAAGGCAAUGUGAAGCGAUUGCACCCCCUGGUGAAGACGGAGCGUGAUGAAGUCCUCAGAGCUCGACACGUACACCCUCAAGACCGCCAGGCACUGGUCCCGGACUCGCCUCCACAACACGUCCCCGGACACGCCUCCACAACACGUCCCCGGACACGCCUCCACAACACGUCCCCGGACACGCCUCCACAACACGUCCCCGGACACGCCUCCACAACACGUCCCCGGACACGCCUCCACAACACGUCCCCGGACACGCCUCCACAACAUGUCCCCGGACACGCCUCCACAGCACGUCCCCGGACACGCCACCACAACACGCCUCCACCCAGAAAAUUGGGGAUUGCUGCAUCCUGUUUGUUCCAGAGAGAGAGAGAGAGACUCUUACUACUAUCACCAUGCUUUCUUGCCCAAUGCUGAAAGUCCCGGCGAGGUUUAUGUGUCCACCCUUACGUUGGGUUGGCCAACUAUGCGGACAUGAUCAUUUUAUAUUUCAAUCCCCCACAUUCUGUUGUGUGAAGCCUUCCCACUAACUUUAUUAUCCAGAAGGAGGUGUUGGCCUGUGUCGCAACUGAAACAGCAAUGUCAGUGGAAAUACAACACAUCUGGUGAGGAGGAUCUUAGUAAUUGCUGCUACAUUUGGCUGGACGGUUUAAUGGUAUUAAAGGAGUCAAGAUAUGACUUCAUACUUUAGGGCUCAGGUCUCUAUUUUUCCCACAGGGCUUUGCAAGGUAACAAACAAGAGAUAUACACCCGCAUGUGCCUAUAUGCCUCAUCUCAUUUAACCUAUUUUCUGUUUACUUCUAAAACAGGGCAUCAUACAUGUAACCGGUCAGCACUCUUUAGAUAAUCUUUAUCUUCUGUUCAGUGAUUGUGUACUGUAUUAUUUGCCAUAAUGUAUUGUGAUGAUAUUUCAUGUGUAAAGCCUAAGUGUUGCAUGUUUUAACACUUUACUUCCAGAGCUGAUUCUAACUGAUUAUGACUACUAUUAUCAUUAAACUGUGGAAAAAACAGUUUACACUAGAAUGUGUUUUGUUUAUAUUAUGUCAAAGUCGUUACGAGAGUGGUUUUACAAUAAUGAUCAGGAAUUCAUUAACAGGAUUUAUAGCCACAAGGCAAGGAACGUGUUGUACAAGGAUUGUCCAAUAGAGAGCGCUCCAAACCACUCAAGGCCUGAAAGACUCCCAUACUACAGAGUAGUUAAGUUGGUAGACCACCAAUCAAAAGGAAAGCUAUUCAUUGAUGAGAAACAGGCAACAUACUGAAAGCGUAGUCAUACAUGAGGUUAUCCAGCUGGUACCAAUGAAAUGUUUAUGUUUGGUUUCUUUCAAUUAUUUCUGUUUAUUGUGUAUCGUCUAGGUUGGUGAUUUCAAAUAAUGAAAAUAAAUAAAAUAAAUAAA